AAGACGGAAGGUUCUGUGUGGAUCACUUGGUUCUGUAUUGCCAAUGCCAAUGUCUCUCAGUGCGCUGAUGCUGUACGGAUCAUUUGCAAUGAGGUGGAAGCUCUGGUGAAGAAGUGUGGGAAACCAAAAAUGCUUGAUGCAAUUAAAUUACCUCCUCCUGAGCUGUACAUGCAUGUUGAAGAAAUUGCUGGUGAUGAAUUAGUGAAAGUGCUACAAAUUAAGGAGAAAAUACCAAGAAGAAAGGCACUGUCAUCAUUGGAGGAGGAAGUUUUGAGUAUUCUUUCUGAGACAGGUUAUGUCAGCAAGGACGAAGUUUCUGAAACAACACCAGACUUGUUUGAGGAUGAAGACGAGGAUGAGGAAGUGGUUUUGGAUGGCGAAAUUGAUGAAGGUGAUGUUCACAUAAAGCCGGUUUCACGGAAAUCCGCCCCCCUGCUGUUUUCUGAACUAGAUGUGAAGGUGGUGUUUAAGGAAGUUACAUCCAAAUUCCUACGGAGACGUAUUGUGGAGGGAGGAAAAAGAAGUGAUGGCAGGGCUUCACAUGAUAUACGACUAAUUAACUCACGAUGUGGACUACUUCCUAGAGCACAUGGAAGUACUCUUUUCACACGUGGAGAAACACAGUCAUUAGCAGUAGUUACACUUGGUGAUAAACAAAUGGCACAGAGAAUAGACAAUCUUGUAGAUGAGGAUGAUGUGAAGAGAUUCUAUCUUCAGAGGUUCGCAAAUGUGGCUUAUAGCGAGCCUCAAGGUGCAUGGUAUGAUAGCGACUGA